AUGGCUUCCCCCGAUUCGCAACCCAGCAGCAACGGCGCCACGACGGGAGACCCCGCCACCAAGCUUGGGCAUCAGCAAAGGCAGAAAAUAUUUACCCCGCCAAAUUUUGCGUUGCUGCUAUGCCUCCUCCUCAGUCUGGUCAAUUUUUACCACCUACAAAAGCCAGGCCCAGCUUCUGUCGUUUACCUUCAAGAAUCUAGUACUCCAAUUCCUCCCACCAUCUACAAAAACACCGCCAAAAUGUCCACUGAGCAGACCUUCAUUGCCAUCAAGCCCGACGGCGUCCAGCGCGGUCUGGUCGGCCCCAUCAUCUCCCGCUUCGAGCAGCGCGGCUACAAGCUGGUCGCCAUCAAGCUGGUCACCCCCGGCAAGGCCCACCUCGAGCAGCACUAUGCCGACCUGAAGGACAAGCCCUUCUUCGCUGGUCUCGUUGAGUACAUGAACAGCGGUCCCAUCGCCGCCAUGGUCUGGGAGGGCCGUGACGCCGUCAAGACCGGCCGUACUCUUCUCGGUGCCACCAACCCCCUUGCCUCGGCCCCUGGCACUAUCCGUGGUGACUACGCCAUCGACGUCGGCCGCAACGUCUGCCACGGCUCCGACAGCGUCGAGAACGCCAAGAAGGAGAUCGCCCUCUGGUUCAAGGAGGGUGAGCUCGUCAGCUACCAGGCCUCGCAGGCUUCCUGGAUCUACGAGAAGCCGCAACAUGGCUUUGGUGAUAGCAUAGGCGAGGGCAACCUCCACCACGACGCGGUAGGGGCCCUGCGCGGCCUGGACCUUGGUGAGCGCGUCGGUGGUCGAGUCCUGCUCGCCAUCCCCGGCGGCAGCCUUGUCCAGUCCGAACCAGCCCUUGCGGCGAAAGUAACGCUCGAACUUGGCCAGACCCUCCUCCACGUACGGCCCGUACCGCUCCGCGACCCAUGCCACGGGGGCGACGUGCAGGUCGGUGUAGUGGAAGAGGGCGAACAGGGCGAGCAAGGGCACGAUGGCGGUCAGCUCGUGCAGGAUCAGGAAGGCGGCGGCGUGGGACAGUGGUGCCGACUCGAGGCGGACGACGUACGGUCGGAGCGGGCGAGGCAGGCGGGCGACGAAUCGGCGGAUGGCGGACGGCGGAGUUGCUUCCGAUGGGGGUUUGGUGGGUUCUGGCGGCGGAGUGGUGUAUCUGCGUCUGAAGGGGCCCGGGCGGAAGAGGCGUGGCUGUGGUCGCGUUGUGGCUCGACGGAGGAGUUGGGAGGCUGA